AUGGCCGGAAUCGACAUCUAUAAGUACGCCCAUAGUCCUGUCCACAAGGCUGUCCUGACCAGAGAUUAUGCCGGUCUGAAACGUAUAUUAUCAUCUCUUCCACGCUUAUCUGACCCAUCAGAGAUCCAAUCGGAGGCAAUUUCAAUUGCCGAGGAGGAGAAGGCUGAUGCAAUCUCUGCCGUGAUUGACCGCCGAGAUGUCCCACAGAGGGUGACCCCCCUUCAUCUCGCUGUCAAGAUGGCGGAUGCCACUGCAACUGAGAUGCUCAUGGUCGCAGGUGCGGACUGGAGUCUGCAGAAUGAGCAAGGAUGGAGCGCCCUCCAGGAAGCAAUAUGCUCUAGAGAAGUGAACAUUGCGAAGAUUAUAGUGCGCCAUUAUCAACCUCUGGCCUGGGCCAAAUGGUGCCGGAGGCUGCCCCGUGUCGUUGCAACAAUGAGGAGGAUGAGGGACUUCUACAUGGAGAUCACGUUUCACUUUGAGAGUUCCGUGAUCCCAUUCAUAUCAAGAAUUGCUCCUUCGGACACAUACAGGAUUUGGAAGAGGGGCUCGAAUCUGAGGGCAGACAUGACUUUGGCAGGUUUCGAUGGCUUCAGGAUCCAGCGCUCUGAUCAGAGCGUCCUGUUCCUUGGUGAGGGAUCAGCGGAUGGAAAGGUCCCGCCUGGGUCUCUAUGCAUGAUCUCACACAAGGACAAGGAGGUGAUGAAUGCUCUAGAGGGCGCAGGUGCUCCGGCCACCGAGGCAGAGAUUGAGCAAGAAGUAUCAGCAAUGUCUCAAACAAAUAUUUUCCGGCCUGGGAUUGAUGUGACUCAAGCAGUGCUCUUCCCACAGCUAACUUGGAGGAAGCAGGAGAAGUCAGAGAUGGUGGGCCAAUGGAAGGCUAGGGUUUAUGAUAUGCAUCAUGUGGUUGUCAGUGUGAAAUCUCGACGGGUGCCUGGGGCUAUGACAGACGAUGAGCUUUUCUCUUCUUCCAAGGAUAAUGACACUGAAAGCGAAGAGUAUGAUGACAUAUUGACAGAGGAUGAGAGAAGACAACUGGAGGUUGCCCUGAAAAUGGAUUCCUCAGAUGUUACUGAUUUUUCAGGGCCCCGACACAGUUGUUAUGAGCAAAGAGAAAUACCAAUUGAGGAUGUGAGUGCAUCCAGCAAUGCUGAGCCCAAGCAGGAACGGAAAGGAUGGUUCAGCACCUGGGGAAGAAAGGGUAAUCAGAAACAAGGCGGCCAGAAAAUGGUAGCUCCUAGAAGUUCACUUUGUGGUGAUGAGAAGGUGAGCGAUUUGCUAGGGGAUUCUCCAUCCACAUGCCAAAGUACGACAGGAAGGCAGUCUGUUGAGAUGGCUUCCUCUAGGGGUGAGUAUCUGCAGAGAGGAAAGCCCAAGGAUUUCAGAAAGACAGCUGCAGGUGCAGAAACUGGAAACCGCCGGAAAGAGAGCGCCCGUGAGAGUGAAUACAAGAAAGGCUUGAGGCCUAUUUUGUGGCUUUCUCCCGAUUUCCCCCUCCAGACAGAAGAAUUUCUUCCCCUACUUGACAUUCUUGCCAACAAGGUCAAGGCUAUCCGUCGCUUAAGGGAGCUGCUAACGACAAAACUUCCCCAGGGAACCUUCCCGGUCAAGGUAUGCAACUGUGUGGGUCGUAUAAGUUGUCCUUUUAACAAAUGUCUGGUGUCUUUCAUAUACCCGUUAACCUUCACUAUGCCUCCCUCGAUUUGAUGGGAUUAUAUUUGGCAAAAAACUAUGAGAAGUUACUUCAUGUGCUUUUACUUUUGCAUUAUCGAAAACAUACAGUAUAUCAUUUAUUUCAGAGUGUUCUAUGGUAUCCUGCUGUAGCUAAUAGUUUUCUGUCCAUUACAAACACUGAAAAUUUAUGAGCAUGUGUGUCUGCUUUGAAUUAUAGAGCAUAUGUCCUUACAAACACUUGCAUUGGUAUACUUCUAGUAUCAAGUGGCUAAUUUGAUGCGUUCGUGACAGUAGUUACAGGAGUCGAUUUAUGAUGGCCAGCUUAUGGUCCAUUUGUUUUUCAGUUAUAAUAUCAUACUGUUUCUCCCUAGCAACGUCAGAUAUCAUGUCAAUUUUUCUCAUGACCAGUGGGUUAAGAUUUCUAGAGAAAGACAUGUAUUCUCUCAAAACAGAUAGAUCGUAGAGAUUGUAGGCUCAAGUUGCUAUAGUCCAUGGAUGCAAUGGGAGAUGUUAUAUGGAAUACCCUUUUUACCCUUUUAAAAUACAUAUUUAUUUAUUUCUCUCUUGGGUGUUUGACUGCUUACUAAAUGGGUAAAAAUUAUCCGGCAUUUCUGUUCAGGUUGCCAUUCCAGUAGUCCCCACGAUCAGAGUAUUGGUCACGUUUACGAAAUUUGAAGAGCUACAGCCAACCGAGGAGUUCUCCACACCUCCUUCAAGCCCAGUUGGGGACCCGAGCCCUCCCUCCGUGAAGCAGCCAUUGCGCUCGUGGCUUCAGUGGAUCAAGACGCCGUACCACCAGACUUUCAACGCAUCCGGGCCAAGCAGCCACCGGGUCGAGGACAUCCAGGACCCCUUCCUAAUCCCCUCGGAUUACACUUGGACGACCCCAGAGGCCAGGAAGCAGAGGCUGCAGGAGAGCAAGAACAAGCCCCGGAAGGGAAGAUCUCAAAACCAAUGA